AUGAUGUGGUCCAACUUCUUCAUGCAAGAGGAGGACCGGCGGCGGGCCGCUGCAGGCCGGCGGCGUGCCCAGGGGCAGAAGGGAGUCCUCCUGACGCCAGAGCAAGAGGGGAAGAUUAAGCUGGUGCUGCUGGUGGUCUCCAUAGGUGCCACACUGGCCGUGCUGGCCGUGGGCACAGAGUUCUGGGUGGAGCUCAACACCUACAAGGCCAACAGCAGUGCCGUCUGUGACGCCGCCCACCUGGGACUGUGGAAGGUGUGCACCAAGCGACUGUGGCUGGCGGACGUGCCCGAGGGCCGUGAGACCUGUGGCCCUGCCGAGCUGCCUGGAGAAGCAAACUGCACCUACUUUAAAUUCUUCACCACGGGGGAGAACGCCCGCAUCUUCCAGAGAACCACAAAGAAAGAGGUGAACAUAGCUGCUGCGGUGAUAGCCGUGCUGGGCCUGGUGGUCAUGGCCUUGGGCUGUCUCUGUGUCAUCAUGGUGCUCAGUAAAGGUGCCGAGUUCCUGCUCCGAGUUGGAGCUGUCUGCUUUGUCCUCUCAGGCCUGCUGCUCCUGGUCAGCCUGGAGGUGUUCCGCCACGCGGUGCGGGCGCUGCUGCAGGGGGCCGCCCCCGAGCCCGGCCCGGCCCCGCGCCUGGCCUACGAGUACUCCUGGUCCCUGGGCUGCGGCGUGGCGGCCGGCCUGGUCCUGCUGCUGGGCGGGGGCUGCUUCCUGCUGCUCUCCCUGCCUUCCUGGACCUGGGGGUCGCUGUGCCCCAAGCGAGGACCCCCGGCCACCUAG